CUACGUUCAGCUCAGUCCAGUUCGGUGUUCGCUAGUCGCUAGUCGCGCGCGAGGGUGGUUAUCGUUACGGUCGUAGAACUCAGCACAGCAGUGUGAAGUGCGAGGUGAAGCCAAGUGAAGGUAGAGUUCGUGGCUGACCCCUGUAGAUUGGGUACCAAUUGGGCCGCCCCCCUUUGCUAACUGAACCAAUACCAACGAUAUCUCGCUUUGUGGGUUGUGUGGUAUUGUCGUGGAAGGUUUUUGCAGACUUGGACGGGUAGCUGAACGUCUCGUCGCGGGAUCGCGCUGGAUAAGGAAGUGCUGGAAGAAGUUGUCUCUCCAGCGAGGGGUUCGUGAAGAGUGAGUGUGGAGCUGGCGAGUAGACGGAAUUGAUGUGUCCGUAGUCUGGUUCCCCCCUGUGUACUUGUACGUGUACGUGAGUGUGUGCAAUUGAAAGUAAUGGCGAAUGCUACUGGUGGUGCUGUGGUGCUUAAAAGUGCACUUUUUCUGCUGAUCUUGCUGGCCGACUGCUGUCGUGUGAACUAUGCGGAAGACUCCCUCGACCGCGUGAGGCGACAAUCGGACCCGGCCAAGAAACCCUCCUCGGCAGAGUCCCAAACCCCAGAUCCAACACAAAUACCGGGUGGUGGUAAACCCGCGCUCAGCGAGAACAAAACCAGCGCUACAAAGCUGAAACUUCAGAACGAAAACCUCACAGGCAAGAAACCGCUGAUCGCGGCCAAUGGUACGCUGUACACGUCGGCAGACCACCUGCUCGGUGCCAAUGGAACCGGCCAGCGCAAGGACUACACCCUGGUGCCGUUCAAGCCGGGCGCGGAACCGAUCACCGUGCCAACGCCAACGGCCAUCAACACCUCGCUGGACGUUGCCAAGAGCAAACUGCUCACAAAGCUGACGGCCUCCGAAGGAUACUCGACGAACACGUCCACGACCUCGACGACCACCGUCCCGGAUCCGCUGAGCGAUGCCAUCAACAUCGACACCGUCGAACGGAGCGAGGCCGACCUGAACACGACGCUGCAGAACUUCAACAUCACCCAAACCCAGGAGGACUACCACACGUACUACAACAGCGUCUGGACGACCGAUAAGAACGCCAGCGAAGCGUACUGGAAGCGGCUGGACGCGAUGAACGUGAGCAGUCUGCUGUCCAACUCGCACCGGAGGGCCACGACCGUCCUGCUGACGUUCGACUUCCCGUACUACGGCUUUCCGAUCCGGAACAUCACGAUCGCCACCGGCGGCUUCCUGUACACCGGCGAUUACGUGCACUCGUGGCUCGCCUCGACUCAGUACAUCGCGCCGCUGAUGGCCAACUUUGACACCAGCCUGUCCACCAACUCGUUCGUCAAGUUCCGUGAUGAUGGUGAAACCUUCACCGUGGUCUGGGAGAACGUAUCGCUCCAGGAUAGGCCCGAGAAUGGCUCGUUCACGUUCAGCGCCACGCUCAACAAGUCCGGCGACAUUGUGUUUGCGUACAAAACCAUUCCCAUCGACAUCCAGCAGAUCUACGACGACAAACAUCCGGUCAAGGUUGGCCUGUCGGACGCUUACAUCAUCGACAAGACCAUCUUCCGUACUAAGCAGAAAACGAUCUACGAGUACCACCGGGUCAACUUUGGCCGGUCAAAGGUCCAGAACGAUACGCUCAUCACGUUGUACGCUCAGCCCACGUGCUUCAGCUAUAAGGACUGCCAGUCCUGUAUGAACCACGAGGGUUCGGACUUCAAGUGCAUUUGGUGCCCGACGCUGACCCGCUGCUCAACCGGUGUCGACCGUAAACGUCAAGACUGGAUCCAGAAGGGCUGCGACAAAACGCAAAUCAUGGAGAUCUCCGUGUGUCCGGCGCUCGGCUCCAAGGGCAACAACUACGGCGAACCGGUCGAGAUCAGCACCGAGGGCAACGACACCAACGGAACGUACCGGCACGAAACGGAAAUUCAGCUGUCCAAGAGUGGCACCAACAAGAGCGGAGCCCCGGCCGGGGCCGCCAGCCACGAUGACAGCGUCAACAGGGUGCCCGCCUUCCACACCGGCAUGGAGCACGAAUCGUCCAGCAGUAGCCUGCUGGUGACGGUGCUGGUCAUCUGCUGUCUGGUGUUGACGUGCGGCGGCUGGGUACUGUACGCGUACCGGAAUCCGCACACCAAGAGCGGCCAGCUGCUGAUCAGAUACCGUCCCAAUAAGUGGUCCUGGCGGCGGGGCGAGGCACGCUACACGGCCGCGACGAUCCACAUGUGAGACCGGCGCCAGCAAUCUCCCCUGCAGCAGCAACGUCACCCCCAGCAUCCGGACUACCACCGGCCGCUGCUGCACCUGGUCGGCCACGAGGAGGAACGUCUGCUGAGCUAUCUGUACCACCUGGACGAGGCGUCCGGCUUUGGGCCGGACGGCGGUGACCUGUUGGCCGGCAGCGGACUCGAGGUGUCCGACUACAGCUUUGCACCGUCGGCGGCGGCGGCAGACCUGGGUGACUGAGCGGGGGGACCGAGCGAUGAGUGAGAACGGAUGAGUGUGUGAUUGAGUGUGGAUGAGUGCGCGAGAACCUCUUUGUUACGUUUCUUUUAAAUUCUACGCGAAGACAAAAAAAAAUACUUAAAAUCCCAAGAGAGCGCGAGAGAGAGAGAGAGUGCGAGUGGUGUCCCUCUGAACUGAAGAGGAGGGACGUGUACAUGGGAUGCACCCUAAACUAACUUUCCCUCCCCCCUAACAUCACCGAGAAAAAUGGCAAUUAUUUUAUUUUCUUUGUUUUUAUGUUUUUCGUUGUCUAUUUCCCUAUUCUAACACAGUUGUAGUGAUAUUUACACCUUUAUUUUAGCGAAAAAUCUGUCCAGUUGUAUUGUGUAAGGAUUAUAGAAUUGUAAAUGUUCUCCUUUUCUUCUUCCAUUUUCUGUUAGGGUAAUUUUAAAAACCUAUAUUUUAUUUCGAAAACAACCCUACUUUAUACGCUGUAUUUCCCCACUCUAUCAAAUAAUGUCAUUUAGAAUGUAGGCGAUUAAUCAAAAGAAAAGAAAAAAAUAGAAACGUGAGUAAAAUGACAUCAGCAAAUCGUCGAUUUGAUUGGAAGAAAGAGAAACUUGUCGAGGUAACAAAGGAAAUGUGAUACCGAUUCUUUUUAAAGACAUUUUAAGGGAAGAAAAGAAGUGUAAGUUAUAAAUUUGGCCCCCACACGAUGUGCAGCGUUUGGCAAACCGUUCCCUCCAAAAUUCUAACCCUACAAAAACAAACACAUACUACUGAGGAGCAGUUUUCCUCGAAACUUUACUCGUUUCGAGGAGGGAUGCCCCAAAAAAACAGACGAUUGAGAUCGCAAUAUUUAUUACCUGUACAAAAUUUGUGCAACGCAGAAAAAAUCAACUAUUUAACAGGACAGAUUACGAAAUCCUCCCAUUUAUUUUUGUUCUAGACGAUAAGACUUUGUGAAACACGAAGAAGACAUGGUGUACUCGUUAGGAGAGCAAACAUCAAAUCGCAAUUUAAAACGCAUGUGCAACAUUUAACAGAGUGGACAAAUAUACUAAUCCACUCUGGUUCUGCUAUUUGAUCGCGCUUAGCUUAGAAACAAAGCACACACACACACUUAACUGUUACGCAAGUAUAAAUCUAAACUAUUAAUAAAAUCAAUACAGAACGAAACAAACCCAAAAAACGACCUUUAAACUUUUCCGCCGUUGUCUAAACCAACAAACAUGAAAAAAGCCUAAAAUAUCUUUCUAGACUGCCUCUUUGUUAGCUGUUUGUACUAUUAGAGAGCGGGUAGUUGGCUUAACCAAGCAAAACAAUCAUUAAAAAAAACGAAUGCUUUCACAAAUGCUGCAAAUUGUAGAUCUGAAUGAUACUCAAAACUCACAUGAUAAACGAAAUCAAGAAAAUGAGAACCUAUUUAAGAAACGCAUUUUGCUCGAAAAAGAAAAAAGUGGUAAAACUGCACUGAAGCAAAUUCUCACGUCAAACUCAUUUACACGAGCACACACACAAUUUAAAAAAACAGCUUUUUCCAACAAUCAACUACUAGCUUGCGUGAGAUUUGCGCCCAUUUUAAAGCCUCACUAAAUCGAAUCAAACAACGGUGUCCGUUCAGACUUUCAUAGUGCCUUACGAUGAUAGAAAUUUGGUCCCACUAAACGCGGCGUGAGGAGCUUGUGCUCCUGCUUUAAACAAAAUAAAGCCUAGAUUUUUUCCCCUCUCAGAGCAGCAGCAACUUGCAUCUUACUAGACUAGAACCAUAUGCAAUUGGUAGCCACGCAACAGUGUAGAAACAUAUUUAACCCGCCCGCGCGCACAUACAACACACUAGUACUGUUUACACACAUAAAAAAAAACAACAGAAAGAAAGAGAGAACAUACUCAAAUGAAGCAGACACGUGCGUACAGCAUAAAAGAGUACUACUACACGAAGAAGAGACAAACAACACACGCAAUCUAUGUCCAGAAUUUUACUUUUAGUGACGAAGGAAAGUAACAUUAGAUAAACAUGGAUUAUGAUAGCCGGAUACGGUGGAAAAUA